AUGUACCCAACACAAGCGAAUGAUCUAUUACAGCAAUUGUCUACUAUCAAUUUCAAGCAUACUAAUGCCACUUCUCAACCAGUAACAACAGCGGCAACAACAACAACAUCGGCAACAGGUCGUACAGAUGAUCUAUCAUCAGCAACAGCAGCAGCAAAAGAAUUUAUAGAUACUGUCCGUAAGUUUUCGAGGGAUACCAAUCCUGAUCCAUCACAUUUGCUGUAUGGUCAACCCACCACUGUUGCUGCUACCGUGAGUGAUGUCGUUUUUGUUAAUCCUAAACUAAAGAGUCUUAUCUUGUCUGGCCGCUAUAUAAACUUAGCGCUGCUGUUGCUACCAUACGACGGAUCACAACCUAAAGAUUUCGACAUAGACACAGGGAAAGUACUUCUACUGCCGAGAUCCAGUGGUGAUCCUCAUUUGCGUCGGAUACUAAUGCUACCAGAAUUUUUAUUGGCAUGGUCAAAAUAUACAACCAUUUUUUGCGAAGUGUAUGAACAAAGGAGACAGGAGUUAAACAAAUAUCAGACUCAAAUCAUUACUAUGGCGCAACGUUUUCCAGGUCCAUCCUUCUAUUUUUAUCAUUGCGAAUUUGCUCAAAAGGCUGAUGCUCUUUUGAGUAAAAAUAUUUUGCUUAACUGGUCUGUGUUAGACCUUGAACUGUACUGUACGUUGACAUCGGCAGGUGCUACUGCCUGUGACUUGUGUCCCUCAGUCAUGCAUGCUGCAGCUUUCUGUCCGUUUGCUGCGACCGGCAAUUCAGUGGCAGCUCCACAGUCGUUGUCAUCAACAAUGACAACAACCAACAACCGUACUCCAUUUUUUAAUUUCGUCGUAUAA